AUGACUAUCGACGAAGACGAGAAGACUGCCCCAGUGCAUCUGGAGUACGACGGCCAUGAAGCCGACGACGACUCCAUCGAGAAUAUUGCCACCAGCUGGUUCGUCUGGCUUGUCUCCCUUACAGCAUCUAUUGCGGGCAGUCUCUUUGGCUACGAUACCGGUAUCAUCUCCGCUGUCCUGGUCUAUCUGGGAAGCGACCUCGAUGGACGCCCAGCGUCUGAGAACGAGAAACAAUUGAUCACCAGUUUAUGCUCCGGCGGGUCUUUUGUGGGCGCCAUUAUUGCCGGUCUUACUGCCGACAAGUUUGGUCGAAAGCCUGCCAUUUAUGUCGGGUGCGUGCUAUUUACCGUCGGCGCAGUCCUCCAAGGCGCAGCAUACAGUAUCGCGCAAAUGUCAGUCGGACGCCUAAUUGUCGGAUUUGGUGUGGGGAGCGCCUCGAUGGUAGUGCCUCUCUAUAUUGCAGAACUAUCACCCACAAAAGUCCGCGGCAGACUCAUCGGUCUCAAUAACAUGUCCAUCACCGGCGGCCAAGUCAUUUCUUAUGGUAUCGGAGCAGCGUUCGCGCACGUUCCGCAUGGCUGGCGGUAUAUGGUUGGGCUUGGAGGCGUCCCCUCAAUCAUCCUGGCAUGCCUCCUCCCCUUCUGCCCUGAAUCCCCGCGCCAGCUCGUCUACCACGGCAAGACACAAGAGGCCGAAACUGUGAUCCGCAAAAUCUACAAGGGUGCCUCGGAUGCCCAGGUUGCAGCAAAAGUUCGGUUGAUUGUUAGGGCAUGCGAUGAAUCACGAGAACUCAACAAAGACUCCACGCGCUGGGCCAAGAUCAAGCUCCUGCAUUCGAACCCGGCGUACUUCCGCGCGCUGGUGUGCGCCUGCGGCUUUGCUGUCAUUGCCCAGAUGUCCGGGUUCAAUACUCUGAUGUACUACUCCGCCACGCUGUUUGAUCUUGUUGGCUUCUCAGACCCCGUUGCAGUGGGAAUAGUUGUUGCGGGAACCAAUUUCGUCAUGACGUGGGUGAACAUGAUGCUUGUCGACCCCCUUGGCCGCCGGCGCGUCGUCCUCCUAACCGCCUGGGGCAUGUCUGCGGGCCUGAUUGCUGUAGCUAUCGCAUUCAAGUUUAUCCCUGUAGACACCUCAACUCUCGAACUCGAAACCGAUACCGUCAGCCCACCUGCCAUUGUCGUGCUCAUCUUUAUCAUUUGGUUCGUUUUCUUCUACGGCGCGUCCAUGGGGAACACAGCCUGGAUGAACACAGAUUUCUUCCCCAUGGAAGUCCGCGCAAUCGGGACGAUGUUCCAGACUUGCUGUACCUGGGGCUCGAAUAUAAUUGUAUCCAGCACGUUUCUGAGCAUGAUGCAGGGGAUAACGCCGUCUGGCGCGUUCGGGUUUUAUGCCGCUAUCUGUGGGUUUGGGUAUAUCCUGAUUUAUUUCUUUUACCCUGAGGUCUCGGGAUUAAGUAUUGAGGAGAUCAGGGAAGUCUUCCAACAUGGAUUUGGGGUGGCCUAUUCGAGGAAACUUCGAAAGACAAGGAAGGCUGCGGCCAGGGCAGCGAGUGCCGCAGGGGAAGAAGUCGAAGCGAAGACGGUUUAA